AUGCCGACACCCCACAUCUUCUUCCAUCAUCCAUCACCAUCAACACUUGGGAGGUCUGUUUUUCACGAUAUUGCUCUAACUUCUUCUGGCGAUCUCUCUUACCUUGGUUGUGAGUGGAGGAGAUAUGUUUUCUUUGCUAGUUUUGAGGUGUCCAUACAGAUGGAUGUCUCAGUAGAGAGAAUGAUUUAUGGAGUCACUGGCGUCGACCCCCAAAGGAGAGAAGAACUAAUUAAAGUUUUAGACAUUGAGCUGUCAUGGAGAGUGCAUAAAUCAUCAUAUGGUCAGCGGAGAAGGUUACAAAUAUGUAUGGGCCUUCUUAAACCAUUUAAGGUUCUUCUUCUUGGUGAGAUUACAGUCGAUCUAGAUGAGUUGGCAAGAGCCAACCUGUUGAAAUAUUUGUGA